AUGGCUGCCUGCCUCCGGUCCAAGGCAGACCACCUCCGCGACCCAUGUGCGGAGCUCGAUCCCUGGCAGAAGGACCUCCUGAAGCGCUCGAGGGACUGCCCACAGGGUGUUCGUGGAAUUCAACUUGUGUUUCUAAAUCAUUAUAAUGGAAACACAAUAAAACUGACGCGAAAACAAAAUAGCAUAUCUUCGGUAACAAAUGAUAUAUUUACAAAAGAGGAUGGAGAAUUCUUAGUGAAGCAUGGAGCACUUCCUGAGGAAAGGAUUCGUGCUGUCGAAACUGGACAUACCUCUUUGUGAAGAUAUAAGAAUUAAUUUAGGCCUCUAGAAGAGUUAUCUAAUUUGUACAAGAUAGACAUACCUCUUUGUGAAUCUGGAGGACAUAAUUUAGCUGCUAACUUUAGCAGAGAAUUAGCAGACUAUAUAAUUUACAUCAUCGACGUUUCUGGUGGUGAUAAAAUACCUAGAAAAGGUGGACCUGGAAUCACCCAAGCAGAUCUUUUGGUAAUAAACAAGACAGACAUAGCACAAGCAGUCGGAGCUGACUUGGCGAUCAUGGAAAGAGAUGCACUACGAAUGCGGGAUGGAGGGCCUUUUGUUUUUGCACAGAGAACCUUUUUUCUACUGGAAUAUGUGAAGCAUGCAGUUGGUGUAGAGGAAAUUGUGAACCAUGUCCUACAAGCAUGGGCGGCUGCGACCGGUGAUCACCGUCAUUGA